AUGAUUACCUCACCUACUAUAAAAUCACACAAACGGCACAGUCUUACUGAAGCCACUAAUACAAGCGAGAAUUUCCAGAAUCAGCAAGAUGAAAUUGAACUUGAGAGAGUUAAUCCUGCUGGGCAAGAAACGUCCCGACUCGGUUUGGAACUCAACCACCCUACCGAGUGCACUGGAUCACAUCAUCUGGCCAAAGAUGAGAUAUUUGACCAAUCUUCAAGACUUCCUCUAGGUCGCCUUAUAAUAGCAUAUCUAUGCCUGGCAGCCAUCUACUUUGUUCAAACCCUUGAUAUCAAUUCUGUAGCGACCGCUUUGCCGGCUAUCGCUGCGUCGCUCGAUGCCGGAAACAGCAUUACCUGGACAGGCACAGCUUACCUCAUGGGCCAAACCGUAUUCCAAGCUCUGUAUGGGCGAAUGUCAGAUAUCUUUGGUCGAAAGCCUGUCCUUAUGGUAUGUAUCGGAUUCCUUGUACUCGGCGACCUUCUCUGCGGAUUCGCAAAAAAUGCCCUGUGGCUGUAUGUUUGCCGCGCGUUGAGCGGUAUCGGAGGUGGCGGGAUCAGCUCGCUUGUCCAGAUCACUGUGAGUGAUCUUGUGAGCUUGAAAGAUCGUGGGAAGUAUCAAGGCCUACUUAGCGCCUCAAUCGGCCUGGGUGCCAGCACCGGCCCCUUCAUUACAGCGAGUAUGCUCAACAAGGGCGCGACCAUGGGCGUCGAGGCAUGGCGAUGGAUUUUUUGGGUUCCCCCAAUUCUCGCUACGGCAUGUGCCCUGGUAAUUUGGAUGUGCCUUCCGCUAAAACCAGUUUUUGGAGGUUGGCGAGAGAAAUUAGGCAAGAUUGACUGGUAUGGGCUGGGCGCUGCAAUGGCAGGGAUCCUGCUCCUGCUGAUCCCACUCAACUCCGGCGGCAGCAUUUGGCCGUGGCAUAAUGCGCAUGUCAUUGCCUUAUUAGUGCUCGGAGCCUUUUUUCUCGUCAUAUUUGUUAUUGUUGAGAAAUCAGUGGCCACAAUCCCAUUGAUCCCUCUCCGUCUCUUUAGCCAAAGAUCCACUGCAGUCAUGUAUGUGCAAAGCGCCCUUUAUGACAGUGUGUGGCAGGUAAAUCUAUAUUUCCUUCCCAUUUACUUCCAAGAGGUCAGAGGGUAUGGCCCAUUGAGAAGCGCAACAUUGGUUCUGCCCCUCUUGUUAGUGCACAGCACUGCCGGAGUGGCAUCCGGGCCUCUUAUGAGUAAGCUUGGCAGAUACGCCCCUAUACUGUUUACAGGCAUGGGCCUAUGGACGCUUGGCUCUGGACUCAAGAUUGUUUUCUCACGAACAACAUCCGUCAGCACUCAUAUUAUCGUGCUAGUAAUUGAAGGAGCUGGAAUUGGAUUGGUUCAUCAGCCAGCUUUGGUUGCGUUGCAAGCACUUUCCAAACCUGAAGACCGUGCUGUAGCAACAUCAACUCGCAACCUGAUGCGAAUGCUGGGUUCCGUUGUGGGAAUGGCUGUCUCGACGGCUGUUCAAUAUGCGGUCAUGAAGUCAGCAUUGUCGGAAGACAUGCCGAUGACCCUUCGAUUAAGAGUAACUGGGGGAACCUGGCAUCCAGGGGAAGUCGACUUUAGGGAGUGGGAGCCAGCUAUUCUGGAUGCAAAGAUGAAAGGCGUUCGAGCCGUUUUUAUUAUGCAAGCUCCGCUAAUGUUUCUCUGUCUCAUAGGAUGUUGGUUUAUCCCCAAUGUUGCUCUCCAAGGAGAUAACUGA